AAACGCACAAUCAAUGGCAUUAUUAAGUCUACAGGCGGGGGAAUGGGGAGGUUUAUCACACGACAGAACAGUCAGAAGACAUCAGACGAUAUUGUUGACAAGGUCGAGGUCAUUGACUUGUCGUCUGCAACAGCUGCCUUACAGUUGCCAGCUGUGUGAGGACAUGAAAACGGAGACAUCCAUGGAUGGAGAGACCUCAGAAGCCUGUGUGAAGAAAGAGGAGACGCUGGAGCUGAAUAUCUACAGCUAUGGAGACGAUCUCGACAACCCACCUGGAGGUGUCUCCGUUAAAGUGGAAGAUCCUGACGAUAAAGACUAUCUCUACUGUGAAGUUUGCAAAUCCUUCUUCCUCAACAAAUGCGAGGUUCAUGGACCACCCCUCUUCAUCCCCGAUACUCCUGUUCCCAUGGGAGUCCCUGACCGAGCCAGACAAACACUUCCUCCUGGGCUAGAAAUCCAGAAGUCCAGUAUUCCUUAUGCAGACCUGGGAGUGUUUAAUAAGGGGGAGACUGUUCCAGUAGGUGCACACUUCGGCCCCUGCCAGGGAGAGCUGGUGAACCGAGAGGAAGCCAAGAACAGUGGAGACUCCUCGGUUGUAUUCAGGAGCAUGCAGUGUGAAGAAUACAUUGAUGCCAAAAGAGAGAUGCAUGUGAAUUGGAUGAGGUAUGUGAAUUGUGCCCGUAAUGAAGAAGAACAGAAUCUUGUGGCAUUUGAGUAUCAAGGGGGAAUUCUAUAUCGUUGCUGUCGAUCCAUUAACCCAGGACAGGAGCUCUUGGUGUGGUAUGAAGAGGAGUACACUAAAGAACUCAGUCCUGCACCUACAGGAACAACCAGACAGCAAGAAGUAAAGAACGCUCUGCUGCAAGUUUUUUCAUGCUCCACAUGCCCUCGUUCCGAUACAUCUCAAAUUUACCUCGACAAGCAUAUCCAGAGAUGCCACUAUGAAGAGUACGUGAGACUGCGAGAAUCAGGAGAGAUUAAAUAUAAGCUUCAGAUCCCCUCCAAAUGCUCCAGUCGUCAACCAACAUCAACUGAUAUUAUCCAUUCUGAUACUUCCCAUAAUGAUAUACAGAAGGAAAUUCACCACUGCUCAGAUUGUGGAAAGAGUUUUAGUUAUCAGAAUGCACUCAAGACACACCAGCGCAUUCACACAGCAGAGAAGCCGCAUCACUGCUCACAGUGUGGGAAAAGUUUUACUCAUCAGAGUGCUCUCCAACGACACCAACGCAUUCACACAGGAGAGAAGCCGUAUCGCUGCUCACAGUGUGGGAAGAGUUUUACUCAGCAGAGUGCUCUCCGACGACACCAGCGCAUUCACACAGGAGAGAAGCCGUAUCGCUGCUCACAGUGUGGGAAGAGCUUUACUCAUCAGAGUCAUCUCCAACAACACCUGCGCGUUCACACAGGAGAGAAGCCGUAUCACUGCUCACAGUGUGGGAAGAGUUUUACUGAACGGAGUGAUCUCCAACGACACCAGCGCAUUCACACAGGAGAGAAGCCGUAUCAUUGCUCACAGUGUGGGAAGAGUUUUACUCAGCAGAGUGCUCUCCAACGACACGAGCGCAUUCACACAGGAGAGAAGCUGUAUCACUGCUCACAGUGUGGGAAGAGUUUUACUCGUCAGAGUAAUCUCCAAAUACACCAGCGCAUUCACACAGGAGAGAAGCCGUAUCACUGCUCAUGGUGUGGGAAGAGUUUUACUCGUCAGAGUAAUCUCCAAAUACACCAGCGCAUUCACACAGGAGAGAAGCCGUAUCACUGCUCACAGUGUGGGAAGAAUUUUACUAAACAGAGUGCUCUCCAACGACACCAGCGCAUUCACACAGGAGAGAAGCCAUAUCACUGCUCACAGUGUGGGAAGAGUUUUACUCGUCAGAGUCAUCUUCAAAUACACCAGCGCAUUCACACAGGAGAGAAGCCAUAUCACUGCUCACAGUGUGGGAAGAGUUUUACUCAGCAGAGUAAUCUCCAAACACACCAGCGCAUUCACACAGGAUAGAAGCCGCAUCACUGCUCACAGUGUGGGAAGAGUUUUACUCAUCAGAGUAAUCUCCAAAUACACCAGCGCAUUCACACAGGAGAGAAGCCGUAUCACUGCUCACAGUGUGGGAAGAGUUUUACUCGUCAGAGUAAUCUCCAAAUACACCAGCGCAUUCACACAGGAGAGAAGCCGUAUCACUGCUCACAGUGUGGGAAGAGUUUUACUCGUCAGAGUAAUCUCCAAAUACACCAGCGCAUUCACACAGGAGAGAAGCCGUAUCACUGCUCACAGUGUGGGAAGAGUUUUACUCGUCAGAGUAAUCUCCAAAUACACCAGCGCAUUCACACAGGAGAGAAGCCGUAUCACUGCUCACAGUGUGGGAAGAUGUUUGCUUGUCUCAUCUCAUUAUCUCUAGCCGCUUUAUCCUUCUACAGGGUCGCAGGCAAGCUGGAGCCUAUCCCAGCUGACUACGGGCGAAAGGCGGGGUUCACCCUGGACAAGUCGCCAGGUCAUCACAGGGCUGACACAUAGACACAGACAACCAUUCACACUCACAUUCACACCUACGGUCAAUUUAGAGUCACCAGUUAACCUAACCUAACCUGCAUGUCUUUGGACUGUGGGGGAAACCGGAGCACCCGGAGGAAACCCACGCGGACACGGGGAGAACAUGCAAACUCCACACAGAAAGGCCCUUGCCGGCCCCGGGGCUCGAACCCAGGACCUUCUUGCUGUGAGGCGACAGCGCUAACCACUACACCACCGUGCCGCCCAUGUUUGCUUGUUUAGUUACAUUUAAGACCUUCAAGUGCACUAACUCGGAGACAUUGCAUGAUUUAAAGUUGUCAAAUUAAAUAUGGUUGUUAUAAUUUUUACUGAAAAUGACCUGUACUUUGAACUUUAUUGUUCAUGUUACACUGGUCAACAAUUUUUCAGAAGUUGUCUGCUUCAGAGAUGAAAUUGGCUAUUAUGAAAUUUGGUGUGUUGAAUUAGAAGUGACAGUUAAUCAGCUGAUUGGCUGUGGCUUCCAAGACAUUUAAGAUUUUAAAUUUUAUACUUUUGUACAUUGUGUAGAUCAUAAUGUUUUAAAUAUAAAUUGUAAAACUAGGUCUCUUCAUGUGUUUAUGGUUGGUUUACAUGAUAUUUCACCUGUUCUCUUUAUGUAACACUAGA